AUGGGAAUUCCCUACUCUGUAAUCUUCCAAGUUGCGUCUUCCGUAAGUCGCAUCCUGUGUGCUUUUUAUAUGGGUUGUCGGAAAUGUUUAAUUUAUUUUUUGUCUUGUCAGAAUUGAAAAACAUUUGAUUCCUCUUUGUAGUGGUUCCCCGCGCAUCGCGCCACCGUAGUUGGUAUAAUCGCCUCGGGGUUUGGAUUAGGAGCCUUAGUUUUCACUCCCAUUCAGACUAGAAUCAUUAACCCCAAUGACAUUCAGCCCACAAGUGGGUAGGUGAUGUGCAUUUAAAAAUUUGUUUCGCAAUACUUGACUUUCUUUCUUCCAACAUACUAGCCAACCUCCAACUUUACAUUUAGGAAAUAUCCAGAUGAAGUUGAGGCAAGGAUUCCACGCGCAUUCUUGAUUCUUGGAGGAAUUGUACUUGGUUUGGAAAUUUUAGGGACACUUUUGAUGAGGAACUGUCCUCACGUAAGUCCAAAUAUUGAAAACUAAUUCGAUAGUGCUUGAUAUUAGGCUAAGUAUCUAAAAAGGCAUUUUUCUUUUAGUCAACCACUCAAAACAAAUCAAAGGCUGAGAGGUAAGCCGUUUUAUUAUUGGGAAAGCAUUAAGAAAUGGGACAUUUUGAACUUAUGCCUUUUUUACUUUCAGUUCUAACAACAGCAAUGUCGAAGACAAAGGAGAAGUUGAGGAGCUCCAAAGCCUGUAAGGGAUUUAUGUCCUAGUUAAAUGUUUAGAAAAAACACUUAGUCUUACUAAACAGCUCUUUUUUCAAAGGGAAGACGCUUCUAAAUCUGAGGCUCCAGUCAUCCAGCAGAGAAACUUCUCCAUCAAGGAGGCCAUCAAAUGCGUGGAUUUCUACAUUUUAUUCGGCGUUGUCUUCUGUGAUAUCAUACCAGUUACUCUUCUUACCUCCACUUUUAAGGUGAUUUAA